AUGCCAUUGUCACGAGAACCUCAAGUUGUUGAGGUCUCUCAGAGCAAACUUAUUCAGUUUGUCAGUCAGUUGGCCGGCUGGCUACUUGCUUGCUUGCCUUCCUGCUUGGUAGAUAAUCAUUCAACUAUCCGGCCCACCUCACCAGAGCCAGCAACCAGCCGGCCCACCUCACCAGAGCCAGCAACCAGCCGGCCCACCUCACCAGAGCCAGCAACCAGCCGGCCCACCUCACCGGAGCCAGCAACCAGCCGGCUCACCUCACCAAAGCCAGCAACCAGCCGGCCCACCUCACCGGAGCCAGCAACCAGCCGGCCCACCUCACCGGAGCCAGCAACCAGCCGGCUCACCUCACCAGAGCCAGCAACCAGCCGGCUCACCUCCCCAGAGCCAGCAACCAGCCGGCCUUUCCAGUGA